CGAGUGGACUUUUCUUUCUUGUGAACAUCGUUGUUUCCUCGUGGAAGAAGCUAGCAGCUGAAUAGCUAACUAGCUACCAGUCAACUUAAAAUGUCGAAACAACAGUCGUUUCGUGUGUUUUUAAAUGAGCGCUUAACUUCGGCUGCUGUGGAGAUUUUCGGGGAAGUUGAGAAAACGGUAGUGAAAUACCAGGAGGAGAAUGAUCGGCUACGGAGACUGCUGGAGAUCACAUCAGAGGUUCAGCUAUGUAGAACAGACUCCCUGCAGCUCUCUGUCUCUGAAGAGGAGGUUCCCCCUGAGCAGCAGGAGUGGAGCCCCAGUCUGGGACAGAAGGACCCAGAGACCAGAAAGAUGAAAGAGGAACAAGAGGAAGUCAGGACCAGUCAGCAGGAAGAGCAGCUUCAAGGGUUCUUUGAUACCAAAGACUCCACAUUCACUCCUUCCUGUGUGAAAAGUGAAUGUGAUCAGAUGGACCCACAUCAAGAAGCCAUACUAGCUGAACACCCAACUCUCAGUCCACUGAAAACGUCUAAACUACAGUUGUUUCGUGUGUUGUUAAAUGAAUGUUUAACGGAAUCUGCUGCUGUGGAGAUUCUUGGUGCGGUUGAGGAAACUGUAGCAGAGUACCAGGAAGAGAAUGAUCUGCUACGGAGACUGCUGGGGAGGACACCAGAGAUAAAACUAUGUAGAAUAGACUCCCUGCAGCUCUCUGUCUCUGAAGAGGAGGUUCCCCCUGAGCAGCAGGAGUGGAGCCCCAGUCUGGGACAGAAGGACCCAGAGACCAGAAAGAUGAAAGAGGAACAAGAGGAAGUCAGGACCAGUCAGCAGGAAGAGCAGCUUCAAGGGUUCUUUGAUACCAAAGACUCCACAUUCACUCCUUCCUGUGUGAAAAGUGAAUGUGAUCAGAUGGACCCACAUCAAGAAGCCAUACUAGCUGAACACCCAACUCUCAGUCCACUGAAAACGUCUAAACUACAGUUGUUUCGUGUGUUGUUAAAUGAAUGUUUAACGGAAUCUGCUGCUGUGGAGAUUCUUGGUGCGGUUGAGGAAACUGUAGCAGAGUACCAGGAAGAGAAUGAUCUGCUACGGAGACUGCUGGGGAGGACACCAGAGAUAAAACUAUGUAGAAUAGACUCCCUGCAGUUCUCUCUUUCUCUCUCUGAAGAGGAAGUUCCCCCUGAGCAGCAGCACUGUGAGCAGGAGUGGAGCCCCAGUCUGGGGCAGGAGGACCCAGAGCCCACACAGAUUAAAGAGGAACAGGAGGAAGUCAGGACCAGUCAGGAGGAAGAGCAGCUUCAAGGGCUCUUUGAUACCAAAGACUCCAUAUUCACUCCUUCCUGUGUGAAAAGUGAAUGUGAUCUGGAGGACCCACUUUGGUCCUUGACUCUUCCCCAAACCCGGACUGUGGAGAACGGAGAGAGUGACUCUAAACCAGUGGAUCUGAAACCUUUUGUCACUGUGACCCACAUUAAGGGUCUCUACAUUCCCUGUGACCCUCCAGAUAAUCAAAACAAUGCCUCCAGCCACAGCUCAGCUGUAAGCAGCGACACAGUAGGACUUGACAACAGCCCAGCAUUGGAUCCAAGCCCACCAUUGGAUCCAAGCCCACCAUUGGAGAAACACUGUUCCAAACCCAGCACCACAGCUAGAAAAACUCAUCACUGCCGUGACUGUGGAGAAACGUUUGCUCUGAAAGCUGAUCUGCAGAGACAUGUGACUCUCAGCAAGAAGAGACCCAGUGAAUGUAGAUUCUGCAAACAACGCUACAAUUCCACCUGUAAACUGAAGGCCCAUGUCCGACUCUGUCACGGUGGGAAACCCUAUACCUGCCCUGUUUGUAGCAAGACCUUCAAACACAAAGGUGGUCUCCCCAGGCACAUGAGGAUUCACAAAGGAGAGAAACCUUUUAGCUGUGGUGACUGUGGGAAAAGCUUCAAUCAGAAGAUGAGCCUAACUGAACAUUUACUGAUUCACACAGGAGAGAAACCAUUUAGCUGUGGUGACUGUGGGAAAAGCUUCAGUCAGAAGGGAUCCCUUACUGUUCAUAAACUGAUUCACACAGGUGAGAAACCUUUUAGCUGUGGUGACUGUGGGAAAAGCUUCAGUGUCAAGCAGAACCUAGCCAGGCAUAAACUGACUCACACAGGAGAGAAAUCAUUUAACUGUGGUGACUGUGGGAAAAGCUUCAGUGUCAAGCACCACCUAACCAGGCAUAAACUGACUCACACAGGAGAGAAAUCAUUUCGCUGUGGCGACUGUGGGAAUAGCUUUAGUCGCAAAGCGAACCUAACCUUCCACAUAUUGACUCACACAGGAGAGAAACCAUUUAGUUGUAGUGACUGUGGGAAAAGCUUCACUCAGAAGGGGGACCUACAGAAGCAUAAACUGAUUCACACAGGAGAGAAACCUUUUAGUUGUGGUGACUGUGGGAAAAGCUUCACUCAGAAGGGGGACCUACAGAAGCAUAAACUGAUUCACACAGGAGAGAAACCAUUUAUGUGUGGUGACUGUGGGAAAAGUUUCAAUCGCAAGGAGGCCUUAACUACGCACAAACUGACUCACAGCAAAGAGAAACCAUUUAGCUGUGGUGACUGUGGGAAAAGUUUCCGUGUCAAGCACAACCUAACCACUCAUAAACUGACUCACACGGGAGAGAAAUCAUUUAACUGUGGUGACUGUGGGAAAAGCUUCAGUGUCAAGAGCUACCUAACCAGGCAUCAACUGACUCACACGGGAGAGAAAUCAUUUAGCUGUGGUGACUGUGGGAAAAGCUUCCUUGUCAAGCGCAACCUAACAGCUCAUAAACUGACUCACACGGGAGAGAAACAACAUGGCUGCUCAGUCUGUGAGAAAAGAUUCACUCGUAAGACUCAUCUGCUGAGGCAUGUAGAUUCCGUCCACAAAGGAAAGAACGGAUGAAAACGGGUAGACGAAAGAAAACAAGGACAGAGUGGAAAAACUUCCUGCUUCCAAAAUAACCUAACUAUUCAUAUAAUGACUCACACAGGAGAGAAAUCAUUUAGUUGUGGUUGCUGUGGGAAGAGCUUCAAUCGCGGGGAGACCUUAACCACGCACAACUGACUCAAAUGGGAGAGAAACCCUUUAGCUGUGGUGACUGUGGGAAAAGCUUCAGUCAGAAUGGGAUAGUUUUACCAUGUUUUGAGGCUAUAGCAUAAAGUGUGUUCGUAAUUACAUUGCUUACAAACAAUGGAGUAAAACAAUCUUAGCAUUUUCGUAUUUUAAUUUUUUGAAUUAGAAUCAUUUAUUUACAAUACAACAUAUCUCAGACACAUUACAACAUUGUUUGUCGCUCAUCCUGGUGAAAAUAGUUUAAGGGAUAAAUACUAUUUUUUUUAUGUAAGAAUGGACUCUACAAGGUGAAGGCUGUAUUUGUGUGUAGUCUACACUGAGUAUACCAAAGGACAUCCAGCCAACUUGCCACAACUGUGGGAAGCAUUAGAGUCAACAUGGGCCAGCAUCCCUGUGGAACGCUUUCAGCACCUUGUAGAGUCCAUGUCCAGACGAAUUGAGGCUGUUCUGAGGGCAUAAAGGGAUUCAACUCAAUAUUAGGAAGGUGUUCUUAAUGUUUUGUCCACUCGUGUAUAAUUCAUUAUAACGUUUUUUUUUUUUUUAAUGGAUGUGGCAAAUGCAUAACGGCCUUCCCUGUGGCUCAGUUGGUAGAGCAUGGUGUUUGCAACGCCAGGGUUGUGGGUUCGAUUCCCACGGGGGCCAGUACAAAAACAAAUGCAUGAAAUGAAAUGUAUGCAUUCACUACUGUAAGUCGCUCUGGAUAAGAGCGUCUGCUAAAUGACUAAAAUGUAAAUAUUUAACAUUUCCCUAAUUAACCUUGUGUUGACCUGCUUCCUCGUUUUGAACUAUUGCUCAACUUACAGUACCCGUGCAGUAAUAGCACCAAGCGACCACUAGAUGGGGGUGUAGGACCACUACAUAAGGAAGUGCAGUGUACUGUACUGUGUAGUAUAGUAACAGUCUACCCACAACUAGGCUUCUGCAGCCACAGAGGAGCUUUACAAGUCAACUCUGCAUUACAAGCCAACAUCUCAUCAAAACACAAAAAUAACGUAUUAACUGUAUAACUGAUCAACGCACCAUUAUACCAGGUCAUGUAAUGCUUAACCCCCCCCCCAAAGAGAUGAAUAUGAUAUUUGGCUACAGAAGUGGUAUUUAUUACUGAUCUCUACAGCUUUUGUUCAAAAAUAAAUCCUGUGAAAUGAUGUCAACACAUACUGGAGGAGUUACUGACUAGCUACAGUGGCUAGCUUAGCUAACGAACUAGCUACAUCACAUCAACACAUACUGGAGGAGUUACUGACUAGCUACAGUGGCUAGCUUAGCUAA